CAGUAGCCGAGCCUCAGCCAAUUGCACGCAGCUUUUUUUUCAGGCCUCGUGUAGCUUCAGUCCCGGGUUACUUGUGGCUGCCCUGUUUUCCUCUCCUACCUGGAUGGCUGGUUGCCUGCUGCCCAGUGCUGUUUUGCUUAAUUAAGCUGCUAAAUUUAACUUUUUAACGUACUUUAAGGAUGAGGAACUGUCGCUUACCUCAGUUCUGUGGGCGGUGACUUCCAGAUGGAGUCCCAAGGCGUAUGUGGGGGAGAUGGGCGCUGAGCAGGGCUGUAAAACGGGGCUGGGAAGCUGAGCGGCGGGGGCUGGCCGGGGUGCGGAGGGAGUGGACACGCAAGGCUGGGAUCUGGAGGGAUCAGAACAGCAUGGUAAGUGAAGCCUGCCGGUUGCAUACGCUUAGGGACAAAUUGCGAUCUUAAGCAAAAAUAUGACUCAGAAUAUCUCCUGGUGAUCUCUCGAUUAUAUUAAAAAGAGUUCCAAAAAUGUGUAUGUAAGUUCUUUAAUACUCCGUGUUUUCCAGGUGCCUUAAUUCCCCACAGCUUGCGGAGCCCCUCACCCAAGCAAUUUAAGUGCCCCAAUCUAAUAAACCUGGCCCCUGCCACAAGGCCCCCUUCUGACCCAUCUUUUUAUCUUUCUCUGGUUCAUUCUUUUGUCACUGUCUCUGCCACUCACACCUACUUUCCUUGAAAAUCACUUUGACAGCAAAUCUUGAAUUAUUAUAAAUAGAAGGCAACUGUUUUUAGUGAAGGGAUUUUCUCAAGAAUGUACACGUGUAGGCAAAGACCUACAGAGUACUAACCUUCACAUCUUUCCUGCAAAGACUGCCGCACUUUUUGAGGGCAUUUUAUUUUUGUUUUGUGACUGUUCAAACUAAUGGUAUAACGAGAGUGAAAAAUAUACAGAAAAGUGAGAAAAAGAUGUCUAUGCAAACUGAAAAGUAUUUAACACCGAAGUGGGAAAAGAAUAAAAAGUGGGGUGGUAGAAUAUAUAAAGUAGGAUCUAAUGAUUAUCUGUGCAGGAUUGGAAAUGGAAGUCUAUUUUUCCAGCCAUUUUCUAAGCCAAAUUUCCUGACUGACAUUGCUGAAAGCAUAUGACAAAUUAUUGUAUUUGGAAGACUUUUUUUUUCAGUGUAGUGAUUCCAAGAUUUAUUCAUUUAUAUGCAGCCCACUAAUGUAUACAACACCUGCCUUCUCCCAUGUUUCAUUUCGUGUUUUAUGGUCCAGUUUGUUGUUUUAUACAAACUUAGAUGAGUAGGCAGGUGCUGAUGUCAGUGAGGGCUGAAAAUCCUCACUGAAGAGGAGGCAUUGGAGAUGGGCUUUAGAUGCAAAGCACCAGAACCUUCCCUGUUGGAAAGAACUGUUGGAGGGCUGUGGAAAAGAGGGGCUCCCAAGCCCAUAGUUACCUCCUGACCAUUCAUCUCUAGGCUGAAAUUCCUAGUAGACUCAUGUCCAUAUCCUCCUGCUCCAGAAAGGAUGUGGAUGGCCAUUUUCCCAAACUUCCUCCCUGGGUGUCUUCUUACCUUCAUGCUCUUUCAGCUGCGCACACUGAAUGCAGUUCCCUUUGAAGUCCUUGGACCUCUGGAGCCCAUCCUCACAUUAAUGGGUGAAGCCUCUGAACUGCUGUGUUAUCUUUCACCAAAUGUGAGUGCUGAGCACAUGGAACUCCGGUGGUUCUAGAACACAUUCUCUCCAUCUUUGUUGGUAUACCAAGAUGGGCAAGAGCAGGAAGAGCACAUGCCUGAGUAGCAGCGGAUGGUGACACUGGUCACAGAAAACACGUCUUCAGGGCAUUCUCUCUUCGAUGUGAUCGGGCCCGCCAGGGCGGCGGACGAAGGAGACUACAGAUGCCUCUUCCGGGACAAUGCGAGCUCCGGGGAGGCCAUCGUGCGCCUCCGAGUGGCUGCCCUGGGCUCUGACCCUCACAUCGGCAUGGAGGUUCAGGAAAAUGGAGAGAUCCGGCUGGAGUGUACCUCUGUGGGGUGGUACCCAGAGCCCCAGGUGCAGUGGACAACUCGUGCAGGGGAGAAGUUUUUGUCCACAUUUGAGUCCAGGAGUCCUGAUCAAGAGGGUCUUUUCACUGUGGCAGCUUCAGUGAUCAUCAGAGACACCUCCCUGGAGAAUGUGUCCUGCUGCAUCCACAACCUGCUCCUUGGCCAGCAGAAGGAAGUAGGGAUUUCCAUAUCAGCUCCCUUCGUCCCAAGGCUGACUCCCUGGCAGGUGGCUGUGGCUGUCAUCCUAACGGUCUUAGGACUUCUCACCAUUGGGUCCAUAGUCUUCAUUUGGAGACUAUACAAAGACAGAUUCAGAGAGAGGAAGAGUGAAUUCAGCUCCAAAGAGAAACUCCUGGAAGAAUUCAAAUUGAAAAAGGCUUCAUUGCAUGCAGUGGAUGUGACUCUGGAUCCUGACACUGCCCACCCCCACCUUUUUCUGUAUGCGGAUUCAAAAUCUGUUCGACUGGAAGAUUCACGUCAGAAACUACCUGAAAAGGCAGAGAGAUUUGACUCGUGGCCUUGUGUGUUAGGCCGGGAGGCCUUCACCUCUGGAAGACACUACUGGGAGGUGGAGGUGGGAGACAGAACUGACUGGGUAGUUGGGGUGUGCAAGGAGGAUGUGAUAAAGAAAGGGUUUGACCCCCUGACUCCUGAGAAUGGGUUCUGGGCUGUGGAGUUGUAUGGAAAUGGAUACUGGGCCCUUACCCAGGUCCGGACCCCUCUCUCAUUAGCAGGACCCCUUCAUCGUGUUGGUAUUUUUCUGGACUAUGACUCUGGAGACAUCUCCUUCUUCAACAUGACCAAUGGCUCCCACAUCUAUACUUUCUCCAGCAUCUCUUUCUCUGGCCCCCUCCGGCCCUUCUUUUGCCUCUGGUCCUGUGGUAAAAAGCCCUUGACCAUCUGCUCAGUGGCUGAUGGGCCUGAAGAGGUCAAAGUUGUUGCUGAUGCCCAGGCUCUCUCUAAGGACAUCCCAUUGUCCCCCUUGGGGGAGGAAUCUGCCUCUGGGGAUGCAGACACUCUCCACUAUAAACUAAUCCCUCUGCAGAUCAGCCAAGGGGCCCCUUAAGGAACCUCCCAGCUGACUGACUUCCUUUGCUCUCACCCUCUCCAUUACCCCUUAAGACUUCAACAGCCAGCUUCCCUUGUCCCUGUUUCUCCUGGAGGGUUGUGAUUGUCUUGGAAGGUGGUGCUGCCACUGCUAGAGGGUAGGGAGUAGGGCAAUCUUCCUAAUCCGAUUCUUUACCAAUAUUUUGAAGAAGUGACUUCUAAACUACUUCCAGUACCUUCUAUCCCUUCAGAUCAGAACCUACAGGGAAGGACCUGAGCAAGCGCAAAGGACAGCUCAGGGCUUAGGUGCCUGUGUCUCUGUGUCUCCAGUUUUCCAAGUUCUACAGGACAGAGAUUGAAUGAGUGAAUAGAAAACUGAGAUGAACAGAGCUGGAGGCUGGAUGACAGAGGACAGAAGCAUGGCUGAAACCGGCAGGUUGUGUGCACAACCAGACCUCAGGCCUGCUCUCUGGCUAGACCCUCCUGUCUUUCCUUUGCCUAGAGAUCAAUCCAGCUCACAUUGCAGAAUAUUUUUUCCUGUCUAGCUUCCUGCCAUGAUAUCACCUUAUCAUCUAUCAUGGUCUCAUGUCCCCUUGCCCGGGUCCCAACAUCUGAACCUGUCGUACAUCCCUUCCAUUAGCUUCACCUGCCCCACCCUCAUUUCCACACAGUGUCCCCUUCACUGCUCCCCCAUCCCACUUUUCUGUGCUGCUCCUUGGGAUCCCCUAAAUGUGACCUCGCUGUGCUCAGCAUGGCUGCAUCCUUGUGCCCCUUUGCGUUUGUCUCCAAGCACUUUCCUGUAAACACCCAGACUGUCCUGCUGAGAGUUUGCACAUGUGUCCAGUCUCAUGCUUUCUAGUUCCACUGCAUUUCUCCAGCUCCUAGAAUGGAUGUUCUCCAUGAUCUUUGCCUAAUAAACAAGUCC